CGUUGGACUGCUCUUGUGAAUGCUAACACGGAGUAGCCCGAAAGUCUUCAGAUAAAAUGUCCGUGAAAUAGUUAUCACGAAGUUCAAAGUACGGAGUGGUGUUUUUUUUUUUUUUUAGUUUAAGUUUCUAAACUUCUCAGUCUACAAGGAUGUUUUCAUCUGUGUGGAAUUUUAUUAAACGCCACAAAAGGAAAUUUAUUUUCACCGGAGCUUUUAUCGGAGGAGUGUACUUUCUGGGUAAGUAUGCUCAGAAGAAGAUCGGGGAUAUCCAGGAGAAGGAGGCGACGGAGUACAUCGCUCAGGCCAGACGACAGUUCCACUUUGAAAGCAACCAGAGGACGUGCAACAUGACAGUGCUGUCCAUGCUCCCUCCACUAAAAGAAGCCAUCAUCAAUCAACUCAACUCAGAAAGCCUCACUGCACUACUAAAGACCAAACCAGCCAACAAGCUUGAAGUCUGGGAAGACUUAAAGAUCAUCAGUUUCACCCGCACCAUCGUCGGGGUGUACAGCACCUGCAUGCUGUUGGUUCUCCUCAGAGUCCAGCUGAACAUCAUCGGAGGAUACCUGUACCUGGACAACUCUGUGAGCAAGAGCGCAAUGACUCCUCUGGCUCCUCCAGACGUCCAGCAGCAGUACCUGUCCAGCAUCCAGCACCUUCUGGGAGAUGGUUUGACAGAGUUGAUGACGGUCGUGAAGAGAGCAGUUCAGAACUCACUGGGAGGCAUGUCUCUGAAGCAGAGUCUGUCUCUGCUGGAGUUGGAGCAGCAGCUGAGUUGGAUCAGGGCGGAGGUGGAGGCGGGAUCAGAGCGGCCGCUGUCCUGGUACAUGCUGGCUGACGACGAGAACGCGCUCGCCGAUCAGGCCUGUGGGCUGACAGAAAACGAUGCCGUGACCAUCAGGCUGUUAAAUGAGACGAGAGACAUGUUGGACAGCCCAGACUUCGGCACCGUCCUCAGCAUCUGUUUGAACCGAGGCUUCUCUCGUCUUCUGGACAACCUGGCCGAGUUCUUCCGCCCGCCUCCUGGUGACUCCUCCCCUGAGUCCGCACCUGACAGUCUGUCUGCAGUGAGUCUUCCGCUGGCAAAGAUCAUCCCCAUCAUGAACGGUCAGAUCAACACCAUCUGCAGCGAGACUCCCAGUCACUUUGUUCAGGACCUGCUGAUGAACGACCAGGUGAAGGAGUUUGCCGCCAACGUCUAUGAGACCUUCAGCACGCCGCAGGAGCUGCAGAAAUAAAACAACGGAGCAUGAGGAGGAGGAGGAGGAGAGGGAUGAAAACAGAAAUGAUACAAGCCUCUGGACUGUGACUCCCUCCUUCAUUUUCCAUGAGACAUUUCCUCCUCCGCAUCCCGCAGACUUCUCACUUUGUGACGGAUAAUAUUUGAGGGAGAAAUGACCACGACAUAUCUGCAUCUGGAGAGUGUGUCACUCUGUGAACAGCGCCAUCAUAGAUUCAUAAACUGCUGCAGAGAGACGCGACUCUCGGGCUAUCUCCCUGGGACAACUGCAUCUUGGGAACUGGAGUCUUGUUUGACCUGGUGAUGUAGUCUUUACCCCAGAGAGAAAGGAGAGAUGCAGGAAAACGCAGAGUUCUGUGAAGGAGUAUUCAGGAAUGGUUAAACACGUGGAUGCAUCGUCAGCUCAUCACAGAUUUUAGGAGUUUUUUUUCCCCCCCGUUUUCCUCGAGCAGUGGUGAGUGUUUUAUACUUUCUGUUCUCUCUGCACCUUGGCUGAAGGGUUGGUGUUUAUAUUUUCACAAGUGUAUCAAGGUCUGUAGGGGGUUUCAUGCUUAAAAAUUGUGAUUAUGAUUGUAAAUAAGAAUCUGUUCUUAAUGACCUGCCUGGUUAAAUAAAGGUAAAAAUAAAAUUAUUUUUAAGGGGGGUUGAAACACCAAUAUUUAUGGUUAUUAAAUUUGUUCUUUUCCUUGUCAAGAUCACAAAGAAUCUGAAGUUUUUGGUUAAUUUUAGCAACACUACAGAUUCUAAAAAUCCAACAAUCAAGUGAAACCAGAUGAAGCAGCUGAUGUAAUAACAUUAAGCACAGCUGAUGCCACUCAUUGGAUGAAAAGUCAAAGGUGUUAAGAAUUAAGAGGACACUCAGUUGUUCAGUGUUAUCUAAACGAUCUGGUUCGACAGCAGUUAUGUGAUUCAUUCUUUUCAAAACAUCCAUAGAUCUAAAAACACAAAGUUCAGAUUUAGGAUCUCAUAGUUACUAAGAACCAGUUUGUCCUGUAGUUCCUGUUUUGCCCACAAGGUGUCACUCUUCUUCAGCUGUAGUGAGGGCUUCGUCCUAAAUGUUUUCUCCUGCUUAAGUCACAGGAAACAACAAGGAGGAUAAUGGCCUAACACUCUUCCUUGCACCAAAAAUAGCUCUAAAAUGUUGUGGUUAUUUCCUUCACAAGUGGAAAAGAACAAUGUUUGAGAAUGAAAACGUUUAAUGUGCAGUACAGUGGGUUUCCCCCAGGUCUUUAUGUUUGAUGCUUUUCAAGAUUUCUGUGACUUCUCCAAAAGUUGAAGCUAUUUGAGGUUUAUUCUGUGGGUGAAAUCUCCCAAGUGUUAUCAGAAGAGCCGAGAAAUCUGAGACAGGUUCCUAAUUUACCCAGACGGUUCUCUGAGCUGCUGCUGCUGCAUGUUGUCCAAAUCUUAGCAAAUCAGGUGUGUUGAACUUAUCACACAGAUUAGAUACUCACCUCUAUGAUUCUGUAUUCAGUAUCUGAAGGCGGAGGAUUGCAUUCUGCUAUCAGAAGUGUUCUGUUUUUACUUCUGUAGUAUGAAUUCUAUCGUCUACUAGAGUUUCAGCAACCUCAACGAUCGUAGCUUUCCGUCACAUGACCGGCGUGGAGACUUAGAGCGCAAAAAGAGUUUGGGAAAGUAGCGUCCACCAUUGAUCAAUAUGUAGAGCUGCAGCGCGGGCUUUGUAAUUUUCCAUCACUUCAAAACGUUGCAUGUUUACAUCACCAGACAACCACAGAAAAACAGAUUAUAAAAAAUCAACAACUAUGAGAUUUUGGCCAUAUCGACCCUUACACCGCACACGGGGCACCAUUUAAAUCGCUAGAAACGGCAAAGUCCUUGCCAGAACUUAAUUUUAGUGAUGUUUACUUUUAUUUACUGGAUAAUCCUUCAACUUAAGCUGCUGCAGGAUGACAGUCUACUAAAGUACAAACAGCUUUAUGUUUUUUCCAUGUGUCUAUUUGGAAAGUGAUGGGCAAGAAUUUCAUCGUCAAAGCAUCAUUGAGCGCUAAUUAGCUAACAUUAGCUAGUUAACGAUCGCAUCAGGAUCACUGUCCUCUGUCAGUGUUCUGGGGUAGCAGUUUGUCUCCUAAAGUCACAGCGUAGCGUCUAAUAGCGUUAAUCCACAAGCUCCUCCUCCUCCCCAUGUUUUCUUUCUCAGAUUAACUUCUGUAGAAGAACAACCCGGACUCGUCCCCUCGUCGGUUAGUUCAUCCAAAACAGUUUGUGCGCAGAGUAAAAAAGGCACUGAACCGCUGAAAUAAAACCCUGGAAGUCAUCAAAUGAGCUGUAACUCAUUUCUAUCAGCAUGCAAGUGGAGCUAAGAAUCUACUUUUAGGUGUCAAUGCAUGGACCAGAAGCCCUUAACGCUUAUAGAGAUACUAAUCGAGCACAGAGAGAGGGAUAUAAUUAACUAAGAGAAGAUUAGAGUUAGUGAGACGAUAUGGAGGACGGUUUAAUCAUGACCCCCUCCACUCGUGUUUUUUUAAUCAAUAUUCAGUCAAGACACAGACACCGAGAUUACAGCGUUCAUCCAAGUAACCAGAGCGUUACUUUUUUUACUGACAAAUCAAACACUAAUCAAGCUUGGCUCAUGUUUUUUUGGCCUCUCAGUUAGUGUUAUAUAAACAUUGGUGGGAAGAGAAGUUAGGUUUUUCUUUUUCUAUACCUGACAGCCUCUUCAAUGAAUACUAACCUCUAACAGUUUCAUUCAGCCGAUGCUUUAUCUGUCAUGGUUGAUGUAUUCGGUUCACUUUUGUUUCUAGAGAGGGGGGAAAAACACCUCGUAAAGUCCUCUGAUUGGUCAGUCAGGUCCACAAAUAAAUAAAGGAAAGCCAAGUUUUGAACGUCAAAGAAAAUGUUUGUACAGCUGUGUUUGCCUCUGGACUUCACCAGAAACCAGGAGGAGAAAAGGCGAGUGGAGCUCUUCCUGUCUUUUAUGUCUGUGGGUGUCAGAGCAGGUGUUCGCCUCCUCGGCACAUCAGGUGACCAUUGAGCUCGCUUCCCUGCAUCAUUAAAACAAACAGGAGAGAAUGUAAACCUCUGUAUAUGAUCAAAGAUGUUGUGUUCUUUUGAAGCACGACGUCCUGAAUGACAGCUGAAAUGUAUGUUUGUAGCAAAUUACUGAAGAGAUAAUAAACCUAAAUUGUGAUUUCA